AUGUUGCAAGUCUGUUUAAUAUUGGCGGUCAGCGCUUUAUGCGCAUCACAACCGGUGGAACCAAACCUACCGAUUCUGAAGGAGGUUCCAGCUGAAGUGAACUUCAGGGUUCCGGAUAGAGGAGAUCUGGUUUUAAACUGUGCUACUAUCCAGAGCGAUGACCAUGUCAAAUAUUCCUGGUUAAAAGAUGGGAAACCGUUCAGUCCUCGACCUGACAUCAAGCAACAAGAGAAGGAAGGCACACUCAUCUUCAAAAACCCCGUAGAUUCUGACGAAGGACAAUAUCAAUGCUUAGCUCAAUCCGAUUUUGGGGUUGCCACUUCCCGAGCUAUAAAUGUUAAGAAAUACUUCAUUGAAAAACCGAAAGUGGAACUCAAAAAACACAAGCCUAUUGACGGGAAAACCUACCAACUUGAAUGUAACAUCCCCAAAUCUUAUCCCAAGCCAGAAAUAACAUGGGCGAUUAAAUCGGGAGGAGAAUUUAAUCCAGUUAAGGGCGCCAAAUUUACCAUUUCUCCUGAAGGAACUUUGUAUUUUGCAAGUGUUAACAAAGAAGAUGUUGGUGUAGAUAAAACAUAUGUAUGUCUUGGAGAAACUCCGGCUUCUGAUGAUGCUGUGCCGUUGGCAGAACAUGUUCUAGAAGAUAUAGUACCAGACAAUGGCCCGAAAGAUCAUGAAGUUGUUAAACAAUAUGUCUCCAAUGAAGUGACCGCUAAAGUGGGAGAGUCCAUCUACUUGUACUGCAUUUACGGUGGCGAUCCCCUGGCUCAUCCGGACUGGUUCAAAGAUGGUAAGGAUGUCAACAAUGAUUCAAAAGACCGUGUAACCAGAUAUAACAGAAGUGUUGGUAAACGUCUGAUCAUCAAAGACGUGUGGGCUUCAGACGAGGGAGAAUACACUUGCACUGUGAAUAAUGAAAUUGGGAAGUUACAGAAAAGCACUAUGCGUCUCAAGGUUGUCAGCGAACCCAAAUUAUUCAUAAAUGUUGUACCCAAAAUGGUAGUAAAAGCUGGUGAAGACGUGACCAUCCCAUGCCAAGUGACUGGUACUCCAUUGCCCAAAAUAACUUGGACUCGCAAUACUGAGGCUUUGCCUUCAAAGGCGGUUCUAAAGGAGUCUUCAAACGGGAAUAUCAGUAUAUCUGACAUGUCUAUACAUGGUGUUCAGAAAGACGAUGGUGGUUAUUAUGGCUGCAGAGCUCGUAAUGAAUAUGGAGAAGUUUAUGUCGAAACUUUGCUUUAUGUUCUG